CACGCAACUCCCAGCUCGACCAUCUCCCAAUUCAACCGCCCAGCACAGCCGGGUAAAUCUCUCGGACCCUGAGGCCCUGCCCAUGACGCAGCCGCGCUCGACGAUCAAUGCAGUCCAUUUAGCCAGCGCGCAUGCAAUAGCCGACGCCCCCGUCCCUACCCGCACCUGCAUUGGGAGCUGCGGGGAGCAAGGUGUGGGGUAGAAGAAGAAGAAGAGGAGGAGGAGGAGGAGGAGGAGGAGCAAGGAGAAGUGAGAUGACGACGAUGAGCCGCCUGUAAGCCAUUGGGCAUCCGUGUUUAUAUAUACGUAACAUUGCUUGCACCCCCGAGCACAGCAUGGCCGCUGAGCUCCCUGCCGUUUCUUAGUUACUUGCAGCAUGCAAUUGCAAUUUCUCUCUCAGCUCCUCGUCUGCUCUCUCUGCCUGCUCUGCCCAGCACAGGCAAUCGGCCAGAACGCCACCGUCGCUCUCGACAAUGCCCCUGUCCCUGCCGGCGGCAUCGAGCUCGCGAACCGUGACAAGGCGGUCCACGUGCUGCUGGAUGGGGCGGACUGGCCCGGCGUGCUGCGGGCGGCGGAUGAUCUCGCCGUGGACUUUGGCCGCGUGACGGGGCGUAAUGGGAGCGUCGAACUAGUGGGCGAUGGGGAUGUGCCUGGGAACUCGUCGGUUCUGUUUAAUCUGACUGGAAAGGCGAGGUUUAAGGUUAUGAAAGGAGCUGGGGAGCAGGGAGGCGUUGUCAUCGCGGGGACGGUGGGCAAGUCGAGCGUUGUGGACGAUUUGGUCCGCGCGGGCAAGCUUGACGUUUCUGCCAUUGAGGGGAAAUGGGAGGCAUUCACUUCCACAGUCGUCAAGUCUCCGGUUGCUGGAGUUACCAAGGCGUUGGUCAUCGCCGGCAGCGACAAGCGCGGCACCAUCUACGGCCUCUACGACAUCUCGGAGCAAAUCGGCGUUUCGCCAUGGCAUUUCUGGGCGGACGUGCCCGCGCAAACGCAUAGCAGCAUCCAGGCACUGCCAACAACGAAAACGCAAGGCCCGCCAUCAGUCAAGUACCGCGGCUUCUUCCUUAACGACGAGGCCCCAGGCCUGACGGGCUACGUGGACGCCAAGUUCCCGCCCUCGUCCUGGGGCCCCGGCUACAACGCGGAUUUCUACGCCCCCGUGUUCGAGCUGCUGCUACGCCUGCGCGCAAACUACCUCUGGCCCGCGCAGUGGAACAGCAUGUUCAACGUGGACGACGACCGCAGCCAGGCGCUCGCGGAUGCGUACGGCGUCGUUAUGGGCACUAGCCAUACCGAGCCCAUGAUGCGCGCGACCAACGAGUGGAACGUGUUUGGCGACGGCGCGUGGCAGUGGGACACGAACAACGCGUCGAUCAAGCCGUUUUUCGAGGAGGGCGCCCGCCGCGCGAAGCCUUUUGAAAGCGUUGUCACCAUGGGGAUGAGGGGGAGUGGCGACACGGCUAUGAGUGACGAUAUUGAGACGGCGAUGCUGGAGGAUGUUGUGCGGACGCAGCGCGAGAUCAUCAAAGACGUGUAUGGAGAUGAGACGGCGGUGCCGCAGAUGUGGUGUCUGUACAAGGAGGUGCAGGGGUACUAUGAGUCGGGCAUGAGGGUCCCCGACGAUAUUACGCUUCUGUGGACGGAUGACAACUGGGGGAACAUCAGGAGGCUGCCGGUUGGGAACGAGACGCAAAGGGCGGGAGGGGCUGGCGUGUACUAUCAUUUUGACUACGUAGGAGACCCUAGAAACUACAAGUGGAUCAACACGGUGCAGCUCCAGCAUACGUGGGAGCAGAUGCACCUCGCAUACGAGCGCCACGCCAGGGAAAUCUGGAUCGUCAACGUGGGAGAUCUGAAGCCGCUGGAAAUCCCGAUCAGCCACUUCUUCGACCUGGCAUACGACAUCGAUCUCUGGGGCCCGGACAGCGUAUCACGCUGGCUCGAAUUGUGGGCAACAAGAGAAUUCGGCUCCGAAACCGCAGCGCAGACCGGCGACAUCGUCAACACAUACACGCUCCUAGCCGCCAGACGAAAGUUCGAGCUCGUAGACCCAAACACGUACAGUCUGAUAAACUACGAGGAAGCCGACCGCGUCCUUGGCGAAUGGCAGGAGCUCUCCCAGAAAGCGCAGUCCGUCUACGACGCCCUGCCCGCAGCGACGCAGCCCGCCUUCUUCGAAAUGGUCCUGCACCCCGUGCUAGCCGGCACAAACCUCCACGACAUCCACAUCAGCGCCGCAAAGAACCAGCUCUACGCCGCGCAGGGCCGCACAAGCACAAACGCGUGGGCGCAGCGCGUGCUCGACAAGUUCGACUACGACCACGCGCUCAGCGAGCGGUACAACACGCUACUGGACGGCAAAUGGGCGCACAUGAUGGACCAGCCGCACCUGGGCUACGCGUACUGGCAGCAACCCAUGCGCCAAACCACGCCCCCCCUCCAGUACAUCCACCCGCGCACCCGCGCCCUCAUCGGCGACAUGGGCGUCUCGAUCGAAGCCAGCAACGCCAGCAUCCCCGGCGACGACCGCUGGCACGCCCUCUCCAGCGCGACGCUCACACUCCAGCCCAUCUCGCCCUUCGGCCGCGCCCGCUGGCUCGACAUCUACGCCACGGGCACGCAGCCCUUCGAGUGGCGCAUUGCUGCUGCGCCGUGGGUCCGACUGUCGCAGACGAGCGGUACUAUUGAUCCCCGGGGAAACGCCACCGAUGUCCGCGUCUAUGUCACUGUCGAUUGGGACGCUUGUCCGCUUGGCAACGGGAAUACCACGCUGAAUGUCUCGUCCGAUACUGGCUAUGGCACGCAGUACAGCGCGCCGCGUGUUGUUCUGCCCUAUCAGCAUAACGUCCUCCCCGCCGAUGUCCCUGCUGGCACGUUCGUGGAGGCAGACGGCUAUCUCGCUUUCGAAGCUACGCAUUACACACGCCUGGGCGCUGCUGGCACCAACACCUCUUCCCUCACCUCCUCCUCCUCCUCCUCCUCCUCCUCCUCCUCCUCCGCCGCCGUCGACGACAGCCUCAUCCCGCACCUCACGCCCCUCCCCGCCUACGCCCGCACCAACAGCAGCGUCAGCAGCGACAACAACAGCAACGGCGCCCUAACGCUCCUCCCAGCCACCCUCCCCGUCUCGCUCUCCCCAGCCACAGCGCCAUACCUCGACUACGCGUUCCACGCCUUCUCAUCUGUCCACAACGCUACCGUCACGCUCACGCUCGCGCCCAGCUUGAACAACGACCCCGAGCGCCCGCUCAGGUAUGCUGUCGCUGUGCUUCAGUCUGAUUCCACCAACACCACCAACACCACCACUUCCACCGGCACCGACGACGUCAACGCCACCGCCACCGCCACCACCAUCCGCAUAGUCUCGCCCGUCCCCCCCGCCGAACCGGGCACCGAGCCCGCGGGCUGGCCCGAGGCCGUCGCGCGCGCGGCGUGGGCGUCUAGUUCGCAGGGCUGGAGCAUCGCGCCCGGAGAGGGCGUGCUGCGGGUGUGGCUGCUGGAGCCGGGCGUUGUGCUACUGCGCGUGGUGGUGGAUUUGGGGGGUGUGGGGGCGUCGUAUUUGGGGCCGGGGGAGAGUGGGCGGGCGUAG